UGAGUCUGAGCGAAUAUACCUAUGACGCUCUGUUUUUCUUUCAAAACAAGUUUAAGAUUUGAGAGAAGAUUUUAUAAUUAAUGUUACAAUUUUUGAGUUUUUAUCUAAAGAAUAUGUUAGAAUUUUAUCGUGAGAUGCCAAUCGCAUGUCUAGGAAAAUGAAAAUCCAAAGAUCUGGGUCGAGAGCUGCGAUUUUAGCACAGUGAUUCAGGGGAACUUGUUGAGGGUGAUCUGGAUCCAGAAAUUAUAAUCAAAUCGGAGGAAGAGAAGUGCCAAUUAUGGCGACGGUAUCUGCGAACUCACGAUCGUUUCUUCUGGUCCUCUUCUUCUGCCUUCCUAUCGCUCCAGACUCAGAAGCUCUCCUUCUCGCUGUGGGGCACCGGAACCAUUGGAGAAGCGGUGAAACUCAUCAUGUAAAGGGCAGAGUUCUAUUGAGUUUCAAGGAAAAGCCGGCUGGAAGCAACAUUACCUUUGAAUGCUCUCCUUCUGGUCUCUGCGUCAAUUGCCUUUACUCUGAGAAGGGUGACAGCAAAUAUCGCUGUAGUGAGACUGGCUACCAUAUCCCAUUCAAAUGUAUAGAAAUUAAAGUUUCUAUGAAAGAUUCAAAGAGGACAAAUUCUCAAAAUGCUCGAUUGUCUUUGGAAAUCUCUGACAAAAUGGACAAAUUGAAUAAUGCAUUACAUGAUGCCAGAGAGUUUACUACUUCAGUGAAACAUAGAAGUUUAGUAGAUGAUUCAUUCGCUUCAGAUAAUAAAUCACGGGCCUACAUUACCUAUCGAAGCUGUAUACUCCCAGCUACCGAAGAGAAGUUGUCAGUGCUUAGGUUUGAGGGGAUCGUGAUUUUUUUAUUUCUCGUUAGUGGAUCAAUCAUAUUGCUGAGGAAAAAGAAGGCAGCUUCGGUAUCGGCUUUUGCAGCCGGAAGGGUUCAGAUGAGCUGUCGGUUUUGACACAUAAACCUGUUUUAUGAUACUAUUUUCUCCAUGUUCAAGCUUUUACAAUCAAACUUUUGUAGCGACCAAAACUCAGAACUGCAUCUAUCAGAGAAAACUAGAGGUGAAAAUGGAUGCUGCAUGGUUCUCUGUAGAGGCUAAAUAUUCACAUUAAUUAUGGUAAGAUUCAAAUAUGAUAGGAUGGACCUGUUUUGGAUUUGAGGUAAAAUUCCUUAAUUGUUUGUUACAAGGUUUUUCCCGUUGACAUGAUGGCUGGCAUCUGUCAUGGGAAAGAGCCAGUUUAGAGAGUCAGGGAGGUGUAAAGAACAUUUACUUAACAUGUUAAUAAAAAUUUGAUAACAUAUACUUAAAAUCUGAAUUAAAUUUUAAUUCACAAAACGAAUCACGUCCCCCUUGUGCCACAUGCAUUAAGGCCCCCCAAAAGAAAAGAAAACAUGCCAUUCGUAUUUCUCAGUUUUAUCUUCUACAAUGGGUCGAUCUGGAACUGUGGAAGACCGAGA